AUGUCAGACAUUAAAUACGUUUAUUUCAUUCUUGGAGGUCCAGGUGCAGGAAAAGGUACUCAAUGUGAUAAAUUAGUAGAAAAAUUUCCAAUAACUCAUUUAAGUGCAGGUGAGUUAUUGAGAGCUGAAAUGGCUCGACCAGAUUCACAAGAUGGACAAUUAAUUUCUUCACUCAUUAAAGAAGGAAAAAUUGUUCCUUCACACAUCACUGUAAAACUAUUAUUAAAGGCUAUUCAAGAACAUCCACACAAAGUUUUCCUUAUUGAUGGUUUUCCUAGAAAUGAAGAAAACAAAAACGUUUGGGAAGAAAUGGCUGAUUCUAAAAUUUUUGAAGUUGUUAAAUGCAUUACCAUUGAUGUUCAAAGAGAAACAAUGAAAAAAAGAAUUAUGAAGAGAUCUGUUGAUAGUGGAAGAAGUGAUGAUAAUGAAGUUACUGUUUUAAAAAGGUUUGACACAUUUGAAAAAGAGACCUGUCCAAUCAUUGAACAUUUUGGAAAAAUCAACAAAUUGUUAAGAGUCUCAGGUGAAGGAAGUGUUGAAGAAGUGUUUAAAACAAUUAAUGAAGAAAUGACAAAAUUCUACACAGAAAAGAAAAUUCCAUUCUAAUUAAAAUCUUCUUUUUUCAUUCUCAUCAUAUUAAGAUGAAAAGUUCU